AUGAGCGUCAAGGCUCCCGAAGUCACGGCCUCGGGCGCCUCCACGCCGCGCGACUCUGAGCGUCAAUCCGCCGAGCCCUUCGAUCCCAGCAUCGAGCGACGCAUCUUGCGUAAGCUGGACUUCCAGGUUGUGCCACUGCUGUGCAUCCUGUUCCUAAUCUCCUUCAUCGACCGCUCCAACGUCGCCAACGCCAAGAUCCAGGGCAUGGAGGAAGACCUGAACCUGCACGGCAACCAGUACAACAUCGCCGUCUGGAUCUUCACCCUGGCCUACGUCAUCUUCGGCGUGCCCGCGAACCUGGUCUUCAAGAAGUUCGGCCCGAAGACGCUCAGCCUCAUGAUGUUGUUCUGGGGUAUCACCGUUAUCGGCCAGGGCGUCACAAGAUCUGCAGGAGGCCUGAUUGCGUGCAGGUUCCUCGAGGGCAUCAUGGAGGCCGGCUUCGUCCCAGGCUGCGCCUACUUGAUCGGCAGCUACUACAAAAAGGACGAGUUUCUGAAACGCUACACCUGGUUCUUCAGCGCCGCCAUUGCGGCCGGUGCCUUCAAUGGCCUUCUCGCGACCCUGAUCUCGAAGAUGGACGGUGUGGGCAACUAUGAAGGAUGGCGGUGGAUCUUCAUCAUCGAGGGCCUCAUCACCGUCGUCUUCAGCUUCUGCUCCAUCUUCUGGAUCGUCCCCUUCCCCGAGAAAUCCACCAUGUUCACGCCCGAGGAGAAGGCGGUGCUACUGACCCGCAUCGUCGAAGACGGCGGCCUCGUCCGUCAUGACAAGCUGAACCCGAGGCGUUUCAUAAAGUACAUGCUGGACUGGAAAAUCUGGCUCUGCGUGCUAUCCUACCUCGGCGCCGAAGAAAACGCCGCCUCGGUCGUCUCCUUCCAGCCCUCCAUCCUCAAAGGGCUGGGCUACACGUCGACGCAAGCGCAGAUCCACAGCAUCCCCAUCUACGCCGCCUCCUUCGCCUUCUCCCUGACGUGCGCCUACCUCUCGGAGCGCCUCGGCCAGCGCUACCUCUUCGGCAUCCUCGGGUCGCUGACGUCGCUCGCCGGGCUGGCCGUCGAGCUCGCGCAGCCGCGCGACGCCAACAUCCGGUACAUGGGCAUGUUCUUCGUCACGGCCGGCCCGUACCUGACGAUGCCCAUCACCGUCGUGUGGUGCGCCAUCAACGUCGGCAAGGGGUACAAGCGCACCGUCGCCUUCGCCUGCGUCAUCGCCCUCGGCAACUGCGGCGCCUUCGUCGCGAGCAACGUCUUCAUCACCGCAGAGGCCCCGCAGUACCGCACCGGCUUCGCCACCAACAUGGCCUUCAUCACGCUCAGCGUGGUCAGCCAGAGCGCGUUGUAUGUGGGGUUGAGGGUGGAGAAUGCGCGCAGGGAGAGGACGAGGAGGGGCUUGCCAGAGGUCUUGGAUGAGAAGGCGUAUGAGGAUGCGGGGGAGGGACAUCCGGAUUUUAGGUAUCAGUUGUAG